CCCGGAUAUUAAAAUGUAUUUGUUUUAAACAAGUUCAUGCUUUCUUCUACCUGCUGCAUGUGUUUGCUUCAGGUAUUUAUUUACAUUCAAGGAGGGACCUAUUUACAUUUACGCAUUUGGCAGACGUUUUUAUCCAAAGCAACACAAGAAACUAACCGCUGGAAAAACCUAAGUCCUGAACAUCAUACAGGGACAAUCCUGUUACUCUACACCACAUCAGAUCAGUCAUGAGUUCAUCGGUGCUGAGCGCGGAGAGCCACACCAUCCCUCUGAGCGAUGGGAACCGAAUGCCCAUCAUCGGUCUGGGGACGUACGGAGACUACCGUAAGACUCCUAAAGGCAGCGUCUAUGAGGCGGUAAAACUGGCUUUAGACGUGGGUUACAGACACUUUGAUGGUGCGCUGGUUUACUUCAAUGAACAUGAGGUGGGACAGGCCAUCAGAGAGAAGAUAGCUGAUGGAUCUGUCAAAAGAGAAGAGAUCUUUUACUGUGGAAAGUUAUGGUGCACAUUUCAUCCUCCUGAGCUGGUGAGACCUGCAUUGGAGCGAACGCUAAAGACUUUAGGACUGGACUAUGUGGAUCUCUACAUCAUUGAGUUUCCAGUUGCAUUUAAACCAGGGGAUGUGUUUUACCCCAAAGAUGAAAACGGGAAGUACAUUUAUUACAAGAAUGACCUUUGUGCCACAUGGGAGGCAUUAGAAGCCUGUAAGGACGCAGGGUUGACAAAGUCUCUGGGCGUCUCAAACUUUAACCGCAGACAGCUUGAACUCAUUCUGAAUAAACCCGGACUGAAGCACAAACCUGUUUCCAACCAGGUAGAAUCUCACCCAUAUUUCACACAACCCAAACUUCUAGACUUCUGUCGACAGAAUGACAUCAUCAUGGUUGGAUAUAGUCCACUCGGGACGUCCAGAGAUGCAUCCUGGGUGAAUCUUAAAAACCCUCCACUAUUAGAGGACCCAGUCCUGAUCUCUAUCGGGAAGAAAUACAAGAAAACCUCGGCUCAUGUGGCUCUCAGGUUUAACGCUCAGAGAGGAGUGGUCGUCAUUCCCAAGAGCUUUAAUCCUGAACGAUUAACUGAAAACUUCCAGAUAUUUGAUUUUUCUCUCACAGAUGAAGAAAUGAACGCCAUUGAAAAGCUGAACAAAAAUGUUCGUUAUGUGGAGCUCCUAAUGUGGAGUGAGCACCCAGAAUAUCCAUUCAAUGAUGAAUACUAAAGCCUCAUAUACAGAUCACUUACUGUUACAUGAGCAAAACAUUAGAAAUACAGAAGGGGUGAAAAUCAUUAUUUAAAUGACUUUACACAUUUCUCAGAUGCUGUUAACCAAAGCAAAGCUAUAGAUAAUCUGUCAGUGAGAUCACCUGUCAAUAGUUACUAUAUCAAGUUUUAAUAUUGAUGGUGUUUAAAAUAAAGACAAAUCAUUUAAGUUUGUUCUGUCUGUGGUGAUGUAAUUUAAAUAAAUGAAUGUGCAGAUGUA